CUACUCCUACAGAGAGAAAACCCAAACAAGCUGACCAGUCGAUCACUCCACCGUUCCCGAUCAACAUAGAUUCGGUUCUGAUUAGUUAAUUGUGUAUCGAAUUAGGGCAAGAGUUCGCCGUGAAGAACACAAAUCAUGUUUUUCAGCGGUGAUCCCUCGUCGCGGAAGCGAGUCGAUUUAGGCGGCCGAAGCUCCAAGGAACGCGACCGGCAGAAGCUUGUGGAGCAGGCUCGGCAGGAGCGUAAUCGCCGGCAGCACUUGCGUCAGCAGAACUCGGCGGCCAUCAAAGUUCAGAAAUUCUUCAGAGGAAGAAAGGCAGUUGAAGCUGCACAUUCCAGAGUGCGCAAAUCAUUUUUCAAGACUUAUGGGGACCAUUGCCAGAACGUUCAGAGGCAGUCCUUUGCUCCAGAUUCAGACUUCCUUCGGCAACUUCUUUUUUUCUUGAAUCCAACAAGUGGGGCUGAUUUUUCUGUCCUUGUGGAAGCAUGCCAAUCUUUACGAGAAUUCACUCGUGAUACUGGGGAUAUUGCUAGCAUCUUUGGUGGCAUGCAGUAUGAUAUCAAUCGUGCAUUGGUGGACUACAGGGUCAAGAAACUUGCGUACGCUUGUACUCAAGCACUAUAUGCAAACAGGACUGAGUUGAAGGAUCAACUUCUUGAAAGAUGCGAAAACCUUCAUACACCAAUUAUUAUUUUAUUGGAUACAGUUCAUUUAUUGAUUGAUCCAAGGCUUCCUUGGGCCUGCAGAACAGUCACUUAUCUUAUUCAAAGAAAUAUUUAUUCUUUGUUUAGAGAACUUAUUGUGACAUGGAAGGAAAGGAUUUUUCGUGUUUCCAACAGGGUGGGUUCCUCUUUGGAGAGCAUUAUAGUUAUAAUCAUGUCUCAUGUUGGACAACCAUCUUGUAGCUGCCCUAUCCUUGAUUCGGAAUCAAGAUUUCCUUCCCAGAUUCUUACAAUACCGUUUUUGUGGCACUUUUUCCCACACCUAAAAGAGAUUUUUGCAACGCCAGCGCUGAGUCAACAUUAUAUCCAUCAGAUGGCCUUAUGUGUCAAAGAUCAUAGUACUGUUCUCCCUCCUGACACAGCAACUGAUUUGCCUGGAUAUGGAUGCCUUUUGGGAAACCUAUUGGAUGUUGGAAGCCUUGCUCUCACUCAGCCAAACUCAUUUGACAUGGCUAUUGAUUUUGCAAUUGUUUCUGCAUUUUUGUUGGAAGCACUUCCAUCACUCAGAAAUUCAAGCCUGGGAAGCAAAGGAUUUUCCCAAAUGGCUGAUGAUGAAAUGAUUAUUGGAGAUGAACCAAGUGAUGAGGUUCUGAAUUUGGACUUGGAGCAACAAAUAUCGAAAGCAAUGGAACCAUCUUUUCUUCUACAGUUGAUAAAUGUCUUCUUUGGGAGGUCUGCACCCACCAAUGCUGUACAAAGUGGCCAGUUUAAUGAGAAAGUUGCGGAAGCUGUUGGUGCAGCUUGUGUGUUCCUGCAUGUGAUUUUCAAUAUAUUAGACCCUGAUAGGAUUAUGACUAUAAUUGCCUAUAGGACAGAACUGGUUCCUGCACUUUGGAACUUUAUGAAGCAAUGCCAUGAGAGUCAGAAUUGGUCAUUGCUGUCAGGGCAAUCAACAUAUUUGCCUGCAGAUGCUCCUGGUUGGCUAUUGCCAUUGGCUGCUUUCUGUCCUGUUUACAAGCACAUGCUUAUGGUAAUUGACAAUGAGGAGUUCUAUGAACAAGAGAAGCCAUUAUCCUUGAAGGAUAUCAAAACUCUGAUUGUUAUCUUAAGACAGGCCCUGUGGCAGAUCAUGUGGCUGAAUCCUGUGCAUAUAACUAAUGUCAAGAAACAUGUAACUGAUAGAUUCAAUACAAAGAGGAAUCAUGUGGAUUUUAUUCAGAACGAGGUUUGUGUUGUGGCUUCUGAGCUUCUCUCUAAGUUGCAAGACUGGAACAAUAGAAGACAAUUUACAUCUCCCAGUGACUUCCAUGCUGAUGGUGUCAAUGAGCACUUUAUCUCUUCGGCAAUGAUGGAGAACACCAGAGUUAAUGAUAUACUGAAACAAGCUCCCUUCUUGGUGCCUUUCACCAGCAGAGCAAAAAUAUUUAAUUUCAAGCUUGCUUCUUCAAGAGAAAGGAAUGGGAGUCAAGCUGUUUUUGCAAGGACUAAACUUAAAAUACGAAGAGAUCAUAUUCUAGAAGAUUCUUUUGAUCAGUUGAAUAAAUUAUCUGAUGAUGAUCUCCGUGGAUUGAUUCGUGUGACUUUUAUCAAUGAAUUUGGAGUUGAAGAGGCUGGUAUAGAUGGUGGUGGGAUUUUCAAAGACUUUAUGGAGAAUAUUACACGUGCAGCAUUUGAUAUACAAUAUGGAUUAUUUAAGGAAACUGCUGAUCACCUAUUAUAUCCCAAUCCCGGAUCAGGGUUGAUCCAUGAACACCAUCUACAAUACUUCAAGUUUCUAGGGGUUGUCCUUGCAAAGGCUAUUUUUGAAGGGAUACUUGUUGACAUACCUUUUGCUACUUUCUUCCUUAGCAAAUUGAAGCAAAAGCAUAUUUAUUUGAAUGAUCUACCAUCUUUGGACCCAGAGCUGUACCACCAUCUAAUAUUUCUGAAGCAUUAUGAGGGUAAUUUAUCAGACUUGGAACUGUAUUUUGUUGUGGUUAACAAUGAAUAUGGGGAGCAAAAAGAGGAGGAGCUUCUCACAGGUGGAAAAAGCAUGCGAGUUACAAAUGAAAAUGUCAUCACCUUUAUUCAUCUUGUAGCAAACCAUCGUUUGAAUGCUCAGAUACGUGAACAAAGUUCUCAUUUUUUGAGGGGCUUUCAAGUCUUAAUACAGAAGGAUUGGAUUGACAUGUUUAAUGAGCAUGAACUUCAGCUUCUAAUAUCUGGUGCAGUUGAUGGUAUUGAUGUUGAAAAUCUUCGAGCUCACACCAAUUAUACUGGUGGUUAUCAUAAGGAUCACUACGUAAUUGAGAUGUUCUGGGAGGUGGUUAAAAACUUUUCAUUGGAAAACCAGCGAAAUUUUUUGAAAUUUGUAACAGGGUGCUCUCGGGGACCAUUGCUUGGAUUUAAUCACUUGGAACCUAAAUUCUGCAUACAAAGAGCUGCAGGGAUCACAACAGACGAAGCUAUUGAUCGUUUGCCAACGUCAGCCACUUGCAUGAACCUCUUAAAGCUUCCUCCAUAUAGAAGCAAAGAACAAAUGGAGGAAAAAUUGCUUUAUGCUAUAAGUGCAGAAGCUGGUUUUGACUUGAGCUGAUCGAGUUUUUAGCAUCGCUCUUUUUAUGUCAAGAACCCCUUUUACAUGGAAGGUCACAAGUGAUUCUCGGGCAAUCGGCUUUCUCCCCCCCCCCCUGCCCCAACUGCCCACCGUGUUGUAAAUGGCUGCUUGAAAGCCUUUGGGACUCCCCAUGCCCGCAAGUACAUGUAAAUAAAAGUGGGUCGCCUGCUUAAGCAAGCCACUUUCUGGAUGGGAGUGUAACAUAUAUGGUUUCAUUUUUUUCAAAUAGUCAACACUGCCCAAAAAUGGUCGCAAAUAUCAUAUUCGAUUCAUGUUGUCAGGUGAUUUACUGCUUAGUUAAUCAACAGAUCAUGUGAUACUGAAUGAUAUUGCUCAUCUAGCUGUUGUCUUAUAGAGUAUUGAAAAAAAGAAACUUCCACCU